UUUUUUUUGGUAUUUAUAUCAAUCAUUCUUUUCUUCUUCUGUCUUUUCUUCUUAUCUCUCUCUCUUUUUUUUUCAACUUGUAUUCUUCUUAUUGGUUCUCUGAUGUGGAUCUCUACUGACUUUCCGAUUAUCUUUUACUUGACUCUUCUUUUGGUUGGUAUCUCCUUUGUCCAGGCUGAUAGCAAAGGUGUUGACGUUUCAUCAUUAACAUCAACAUCAGCAUUCCAAUGUGUAAAAGGUCAAGGUUAUACUCGUGCUGGUGUUCGUGCGUAUAUUGAAGCUUGGGGUGGCAAUCCAGGAGGAAAGGUGGAUGCGAACCUUGUGCAAAACUACAACAACGCCAUAGCAGCUGGACUUAGUGUGGAUCUUUAUAUCUUUCCUUGUACAGGUCGGUCGACAUGCAAAUCACCUGCAACUCAAGCAUCCGAAGCCAUCGAUGCGAUGAACGCUAAUCAUAUGCAGAUUGGUACCAUUUGGUUGGACGUGGAAGUGGAUCCUCAAUCGAACAACUGGCCUGAUGUCACAACUAACCAGAAUACUUUGACAGCCUUCAAAACCGCUCUGGAUGAUAGCAAGCUCAAUUGGGGUGUAUAUUCAUCACAAUCACAAUGGGAAACAGUCACCGGGUCAACAAAUUGGGAACUUGAUAGUUCAAAACCUCUUUGGUAUGCUCAUUAUGACAACAAUCCUAGCUUUAGUGACUUUACUGCCUUUGGCGGAUGGACUGCACCAACAGCGAAACAAUAUGCAGGGGAUGCUUCCCUAUGUGGUGGUUCUUUUGAUCUGAAUUAUUAUAGUACAUGAUGAAUACUAUUAUUCUAUUCUUUUUU